AAGCGAAAGUUAAUAAUCCACCAAUAACAGGAAAUAGGAGUCAAAAUAAAGUCUACUGCAUGAAACGCAAAUAUAGCUUUUAGUGUUGAAAUAUUCGAUAAGCAGCCUUUCGAUCUCAAAAAAGGAAAUAAAAUGAAUGUUGAGGUUGAGCUGGAAAAAAAUGUCAGGCGAUUCAGAGAGAAGUUCCAUGGCAAGGUUGCCAUUGACAAGGCAACAAUACUAAUGAGGCGAUAUCUUAACAACCAUCACAUGGUCACCAUGGAGGUGAUUCUGAUGAAGGAUAGAGACCUGGAUGAUGAAGAUAGACGAUGCCUACACAAAGACCUGGCUGUCAAGAAUGUCGUUGAGCGGCUCACAGCAGAGGAGCGACAACAAGCCCCGCCACUGGUGUCACCUGCACAGCCCCGAGCUGACAGACGACCAAAGGAGGACGAGGACAUAAAGGAACUGGGCCAGCGUUUACAGGUCCUGCCUCUCACGGAGAAGAACAAGCGCAUGUUUGACAACGCUCAGCGCAACCUAACCCCCUCUGCCGUGCACCAGUUUGCCUGUCAGGCCUGCGACAAGGACUGGUGGCGUCGUGUGCCCCUGAGGAAGAGGGUAUCUCGAUGUCAUCUGUGCAAGCAGAAGUACGACCCCGUCCCUCAAAAUAGAAUGUGGGGCAUCGGGCAGUUCAACUGCCUCGUCUGCGCUCGUGUCUUCAGGGGAUUUGGCCGCAUGGAUCUGGGCUCUCCGUGCUAUAGGUGCAGAUCUCUGGUGAUCCCGUCUGAAAUCCUGCCUCCACUCCAGGGAAGGGUAGGAGAGCCUGGCAAGGCACGGAACCCACACAGCUGCCUUGCCGAGGACUGCUACAACAGACAAGAACCCCAUGUCCCAGGGACAGAGUGUGUGCACCCACGCAGUCGCCAGGUCAACAGGAAGCCCAGGGUGGUGAACCCCAGCCCCUCCCACGACAGUUCCGGCUCCACGGUCAAUACGUGUCUCAGCCAGGGCAGCCUGGACAACCUGUACGACCUCAUCAUGGACGACAUCAAGGAGGAGAGCGACGACGAGAGCCGAGGAGGCCGCUCUCACGGCAGUGGCAGCGACAGCAGCUGAAGCGGCCGUUUGUUUGUUUUUAUUUGCACUACAAAAACGCAAUCUUUUAUUGAUCCCAGAGGUGUUUUAAUUGGUUUGAGGGAAACCAAUGCUAUCUCCUUCUCAACUUUUGACCUGAAUGCUGAAAAUCCUACACAUUUGAUUGCUGUGACAGUCUUCCCUUUUCGAGUCAAAUCAAAAGGAAAAUGCGACAAUCAAUUUUGUCCAAUGAUGGGAAAUACCGUCCCUUUCAUCCUAAGUGAUUCUUUUUGCAUUGUGCUGCUUCUCUAAACUGGUACAUAUGAAUGUCUUCACAAUGCGGGACGGCUGUGACUCAGUGGGUAGAGAGGGUGGUCUGUUAAUCGCAAGGUUGGCGGUUCGAUCCCCGACUCCUCCUCGGUCAUGUGCCGAAAUAUCCUUGAGCAAGACUCUGAACCCCAAGUUGCUCCCGAUGGGCAGGCCUGCGCCUUGCAUGGUCGCUCGCUGCCGUCGGUAUGUGUGAGUGUGAGUGUGAAUGAGAGGCAAUCAUUGUAAAGCGCAUUGAGUACCGCUAAGGUAGAAAAGUGCUAUAUAAAUGUAAUCCAUUUACUAUUAACAAUGCCUCACUCACCCAAAGUUUAAAAUCAACGUUGUGUUCAGCCAACAGUCGUGCCUUGCUCGGUACAUAUUGUUUAGUACGUUGUCAUGUGAGAGAAUGAAACUGAUCUUUCUUGGGAUCGUGUUGUACUUUCCCAUAGUCCUGCACUAACAGAAAGUUCAUGUUCAACUGUUCCAGCCGUAUUCUGUCACCCCUGCUCAAGUUUCUUUUCACAUUCAUUUUAAUUUAAAGCUUAACACCAUUCAUUAAAAGCUUUCUUUUCGGUUGUAAAUUA